AUGUCGUAUACAAGAUUCACGGAUUCUGAUGAGGAGACAAAAGCUUUACAACCACUUGACAUGUUCUUCAAACCUAGUGAAUUUAUGAAACCGUUCAAGAUAUCAGCUAACUACAUUCAUAGAGCAGUGAGACUUAUAGUGUAUGAAGCUAUUCCCGCUCUGAAGAACAAUUUUUUGAAAAGUGUUCGAGAAGCAAAUCCUGAGUUUUCUCGGAUGUGUAAGUCGAAGUUCAAACAAAGUCAUCUUAAAAGUUUUCCUAUGUCAGAUUUGUAUGAUACUCUUAGUACAACUAUGGAGAUUCAAAGUAUCAUGGUUCCAUUUCCCGAUGAGAAAGUUCUUAUGAAGAAAGUCAUGGAUGACGAGUGUGGAUGGAAAGAUGUGGAUGAUGCAAUUGAAGACGGUUGGACAAAGCGUAUAGUUAAGGAAAAGAAGCCAAUAUUUUUUGAAAAUAUGCAUAAAGCAGAUGUUGCUAGCCGAGCAGUUGAGGCUAAUCCAGAUGGAGGUAAUUUGGCUCAAGAAAAUAUUGGUCAAAUGAAGCAAGGUUGGAAGAAGGUUGCUCCGACCAAGGUGGCUCUGAAAAAGAUGACUGCGAAAUUUGAUACUCUGGAUACAAGAUUGAAAAUUGUGGAAGUAAAUGUGAAACAAUUGAAAGAAGCAAAAAAGGUUGUUAAGGCUACUAAGAAUGUAGCAUAUUGUGUGGAUGUGGGUGAGGAAGAAGAGGUUGUUGAGUUUGAAGGGAUUGUUGAGGAGGAAGAGGUUGUUGAGGAUGAAGAGGUGGCUGAAUUGGAUUGUGAGGGUACUAAAAAUUUAGUGGUGGGUGACAAUCGAAAAGAGGUGGGUGAAGAGGAUGUUGCUAGCCGAGCAGUUGAGGCUAAUCCAGAUGGAGGUAAUUUGGCUCAAGAAAAUAUUGGUCAAAUGAAGCAAGGUUGGAAGAAGGUUGCUCCGACCAAGGUGGCUCUAAAAAAGUUGAAAGAAGCAAAAAAGGUUGUUAAGGCUACUAAGAAUGUAGCAUAUUGUGUGGAUGUGGGUGAGGAUGAAGAGGUUGUUGAGUUUGAAGGGAUUGCUGAGGAGGAAGAGGUUGUUGAGGAUGAAGAGGUGGCUGAAUUGGAUUGUGAGGGUACUAAAAAUUUAGUGGUGGGUGAUAAUCGAAAAGAGUUUGAAAAACUGGGUACAACUGGUGUGGUUUUUGUUUUGUAA